AGCCGGCUCGAGCGUUUUUUGAUUUCAAACCUUGCGUGGCGGUUGGUGGUUGACAGUCAGUGAAGCCAUGCCCAAGUUCAAGCUGCGUCGCAGGAAGUGGAAGGUCAUUAGAAGAAAACAAAUAGCAGAAAAGGCAUGGAAUGAUAACAAGCGACGGCUGCUAGCAAAAAGGAAACCAAAUGUCUAUAAACAACAGCUAACUAAUCCUGAACCGUCAUGGAGCGAGGAUUCAUCAGUGUAUAGCAGCAGUUCCACUCAGCUUGAGCCAAUACCUGUCGGGCACAUUUCUUUGGUCAGUUUGAAGCAUAUCUUGAACCCUGUAAAGGCAACCAUUUCUUCCAUGUGCUGCUGGUGGCUGAGCAGUAUUAACCAGGGUUUUGAAGUAGUGAAAGACACUUUGUUUCCUUCACGUGUUUACCUGCGGGAAGUGAAUGCGCUGGGGCAACGGAUUGAGACAUUCGAGAAGGAGCUCUUACAACUGCGAGGAAUGUUGGAAGAGUGCAAUAAUGCAAAGGCUAUUGAAAUGAAUUGCUGUCGAAAGUGUAGCGACUUCUCCCCAGGUCCUAUUAAAAUACCAAUAUGGCCUGUCCAACCAAUUAUUAGCCAUAAUGUACAGCUACAGCCAUCUCCCCAACCUCCUCCUCCCCCACCCCCACCACCACCUCCACCUCCACUACCUCCUUCUUCAAUAAGCUUAAAGAAGCCUUUACAGAUUCGAAAAAUAGGAAAUGAAAAACAAUUACGGACCAUUGCAGAGGAGGAGGGUAGACCAUUAUCAGUGAAUUUGAAGGACUUACUUAAAGUGAAACUGAGGAAGACCGAAACUAAAUUAAAGGUAGUCCCUGACAGCAUGAAUAGACAACCAUCGGUGACUGUAAAAGACUUACUUAAAGUGAGAUUGAGAAAAACCGAGAGGGAAUUAGCAAUAACGAAGAUGGAAACGCCAGGAAGAAAACGCUCUCCUUUGGUCACAAUCUCUGAUCUACAAAACUUCAGCUUGCGGGCUAAAUCCAACCUCCGGCUGAAUUCGGGAAAAAUAACAAUGACACCAAAUAAAUUUCCGCUGGACCUGCGAAGGCAUCUAAAGAAAGUAGCAAUAGAAAGAAGCCCUGGAGGAACACCUCUCUACAGUAAAGAAAAUCAAGAGACGGGGACAGGAUUGACCCCUGUAAUGACCCUAGCAUUGAGACGGAAGUUUGAGAUGGCUCGUCCCAAAACUCCUUCACCUCAUGGUUCUGCAGACACGAGUUUUGAUGAGCAAAAUGUGUAUUGAUCCUUCAUUGUGCAAUAUUUUUAAAACAUCUU